AUGAGGACACAGAACACCCAUGUUCUGUCAAACAUGCCCCAGGAUUUGUCAGAGGCCCUGAAGGAGGCCACGAAGGAGGUGCACACCCAGGCGGAGAAUGCCGAGUUCAUGAAGAACUUUCAGAAGGGUGAGGUGACCCGAGAAGGUUUUAAGCUGGUGAUGGCGUCUUUGUACCACAUCUAUGUGGCCCUGGAGGAGGAGAUCGAACGCAACAAGGAGAACCCCGUCUACUCUCCCCUCUACUUCCCAGAGGAGCUGCACCGCCGGGCCGCCCUGGAGCAGGACAUGGCCUUCUGGUACGGGGCCCACUGGCAGGAGACCAUCCCCUACACGCAGGCCACCAAGCGCUAUGUUCAGCGGCUCCAGGAGGUGGGGCGCGCUGAGCCCGAACUGCUGGUGGCCCAUGCCUACACCCGCUACCUGGGCGACCUGUCUGGGGGCCAGGUUCUCAAGAAGAUCGCUCAGAAGGCCCUGAAUCUGCCGAGCUCCGGGGAGGGCCUGGCCUUCUUCACUUUCCCCAAUAUCGCCAGUGCCACCAAGUUCAAGCAGCUGUACCGCUCCCGCAUGAACACGCUGGAGAUGACCCCCAAGGUCUGGCAGAGGGUCUUGGAUGAGGCCAAGACCGCCUUCCUGCUCAACAUCCAGCUGUUUGAGGAGUUGCAGGGCCUGCUGACCCAGAAGGCCAAGGACCGUGAGCCCUCGCAGGCACCAGACCUUCACAGGCGAGCCGGCAGCAAGGCGCAAGACUCGGUUCCUGCCAAGGCGUCCAGGGGGAAGCACCAGCCCAGCGUCCUCUCCCAGGCACCUCUCCUGCGAUGGGUCCUCACGCUCAGCUUUCUGGUGGCCACGGUCGCUGUGGGGCUUUACGCCAUGUGA